AUGCGACCACAUACACCAACGAUCAACACUUCCCGGGCGGGACUCGAUGUUACCUCGCCACCAGAGACGCCGACCACUGGCUCUCCCAAGUUCAACCGCAAGGCCGGCGCUGGCCCGGACGACCGGCCUAGUGCCCGCGGAGGACCGCGCCGGCCUAGCAUCCCGCCUUUAGGCGGUGUGGGCUCCCAGUUCGCCUACGUUCAGGGCAUUCGCCCAGAAGAACUCUCACCACAGUCGUCGGACUCAUCGGAUGACGACUCGGAAACUUCUGCCAGUCCUCCGCAGUCGCCCGUGUCCAAUGUUUCUGAACCGCGCAUCAGCGUUUCGCACAUCCCCUCUACACAGGUCAUUGUCGAGGCCACAUUCGAGAUUGAAGAAUGUAGCGAGGACGAUGAAGACGCCAUGGACAGCGACGACGAUGAGGACCGAGCGGAUGUGUUGCAGCCCUACGAUUACGAAGACGCCGAGUCAGAGCGCAGCGCGUCCAGGACCCAGUCUGAAGUUGACCCACAGCUUGUGAACAGCAUGGGAGAUGUCACCUUUGACUCGGACGACUCAGAUCUUGACUCGGAAGAUGGCAGUGAGUUCAUGAAGAACCUUAAACUCCAGCGCCAGAACCGGAGAAUCAGGCGCAUGACCUCUGGCAGCAUCAGCAAGAGGACUGUCAGCGAGCGCGGAAGUGACUCGGACCGCGAGGACCUCCAGCCUUGGGACAACGGAGAGUCGGUUCAGCGCCGAAUCCGCCGAAAAGUAAACCGGCAUAGUCUGCUGUCUAUCCCUCCUGAGAUCAUCAUUGAGCUUAAGGAGCCCAACAGUGACGGCGAGGUUGUUUGGGAUGAGCAUGAGAUUGAUCUUGCUCGCGAGCUGCCUUUCUGGACAAUGGAAGUUGACUCAGACUGA